AUCGAUCGAACAUCGCAGUUGCGAUAGUCUUUAUGACAAUGGAUUGUGGAUGGUCUUCAACGACACAAGGAUGUUAUCAGCAUUUUUCGUAGGAUACUUAACAACCCAAAUAUUAGGAGGAGCGCUAGCCGAUAAAUUUGGAGGAAAGCCGGUUCUAGCAAUAGAAAGAUCAAGAGCCAACGCCGUUGUAACAGGAUCAAGUGCUAUUGGAGCCGUCGUUGGACUGCCACAUGGACGGCUGGGCAGCGGAAUUUAUGGAUGGGAGUGCAUCUUUACUUGUUUGGAACGAUCGGGAGGCGUUAGGGAUCUACACAGUAACGCAGGGAUGAAUCAACUCCUUUAUUUGGCUAAUAAUAAGAAUGAUUCUAAAUUAACAAAUGAUAUACCAUGGAUGUCGAUACUUUCAAAAAAAGAAGUCUGGACAUUAUUGAUUAACAUCACUUUGGCAUUGACAUCAAGAAAUUGGGAUAUUUUGCUGUCAUUUGCAGGCACGAUUGGUGAUCAUAUGAUUCAUAAAGUUAAAUUUCGAGUCAUAACCAUUAGGAGGAUCGCUCAAUCAAUUGGAAGUUUUGGAGCUGCGUAUUGCGCGUCAUCUAGGGAUAAACUUACGAUCGGCAUGGGACUAAACGCGUUCACUUUGAUAUUGCCCCUUAAAUAUGCAUCAUCUACUGUCUUGGCAAAACUUUAG